UUUGGUCGACUUGCACUUCAACAGUACACAAAUAUUCUGUUGAAUAGAAGAAAUACGAGUCCAUACAAAUUACACCGUCUAAUGCUUCAUGAAAAACACUCUCUGAUGCUAUAGAGGUACAACACAGAAAAACAGCGCAAAGUAUCUACAAACUGCAGAGAGCACGACAUCCAUGUCGUUUACUAAGAUAAGACUUGAGUACCAAAUUGCCAUCAGGAGGGAUCUCAUGUAGUUUUAUCUCACAGCAUUAGCACAAAAGUGCCAACGAAUUGCUCAAAGCCCUUGCGCAAUAACCCAAACAUCACUUGGCAACGGAAGAUUUUGUGAAAAGUAAACGAGGGCAAAAAGGCACCAGAUUGUUAAUACCAAAACCAACUCGGAACGGCACAAUUUUCUUGCUUAAUUGCAUACAACCAUCAUCAAACGAAAGGGAGAGAGAUGAACGAGGUGCUGCCAUCAGAAGGGAUGGUAAAUAACUUGUGAUCUCAUCGCGUCAGGCAAAAACCAUGCCAUGAACUGCUCAAAGCCCUUGCGCAAUAACCCAAACAUCACUUGGCAGCAAGAAGAAGAAGCAAGAAACGCGCACGAGAUCUCGGAAGAAAACACCAACGAAACGUAUCGGGAAUUGGGAGACGUAGAUCGCCAUCUGCGAUGGCGGCUAGGGUUUGAAUAGAAAGCGGGCGGCGGCGUCGCCCAGGGUUGGACGGGGGCGCGAUGUUUUAUACCCACGCCCGACAUGCCUAACUGGAAACGCACCUUCAUUACUCCGUAAACCCGACCAGAAGACGUCUUCAAAGCGCUACCACAAACCAUACGCGAAGGCGUAUUUAGUGGUAUGCGUGCUGAGGAGUCUCGUACGGUUGACAAGAGUCGAAGGCGUCCAAGACUAGAGACUGUGGCGAGUCUAAAAAAAAAAAGACUAGACGGCGGCGGAAAAUGGCGUGCGGUCUCCUGCCGCUGCUCCACGGCCCCCUCUCCUCUCCGCCUCGUCCCCUCCUCCCAUCCGGCUCUCCCUCCCUCCUCGCCCCCAGGACCCUGCCCCUAGCCCCUCGCCGGAGCAGGGUUUCGCGCCACCUGUCACCUGCCCCUCCGCGCGCUCUACCGGACAUUGCCGCCGCGGCGGCGGGCCUCCGGGACGCGGUCGCCGGCGCCUUCCAGGCGUCUCCGCCUACGUGGAGCUCGGCUGCCACCACCAACGCCGCCAUCUUCGUCGCGGGCACGCCGCUGCUCCUCUCCGGCCUCUCCGCCUCCGGCAUCGCGGCCGCCUACGUCCUCGGCACCCUCACCUGGCGCGCAUUUGGGGCCCGGGCUUACCUCCUCGUCGCCGCCUACUUCGUGGUGGGCACAGCAGUGACCAAGUUAAAGAUAAAACAAAAAGAAGCUUUGGGAGUGGCUGAGAAAAAAGGAGGAAGGAGAGGUCCUGGUAGUGUUAUUGGUUCUAGUGCUGCUGGUUGUGUCUGUGCUCUCCUAUCAGUAUAUAAUGUGGGCGGGGGAGCAUUCGCGGAACUCUGGACACUUGGCUUUGUUGCAAGUUUCUGUACUAAACUCAGUGAUACAGUUUCCAGUGAAAUAGGGAAGGCAUAUGGAAGAACAACGUACCUAGUGACAACAUUUAAGGUUGUUCCAAGAGGUACAGAAGGUGCAGUCAGUGUUGAGGGCACUCUUGCUGGAAUUUUAGCAUCGAUGUUUCUGGCAGGGAUUGGUUAUAUUCUGGGGCAGGUAAAUCUACCACAGAGUGUGCUAUGUGUUCUUGCAUCCCAGAUUGCAAAUUUUGGCGAGAGUUUGAUUGGCGCAACACUGCAGGAUAAGGAAGGUUUUGAAUGGCUGAACAAUGAUGUUGUCAACGUGGUCAAUAUCUCGGCCGGCGCCGUUUUGGCUGCUCUAAUGCAGCAGUUGCUAGUGAGCUGGCGUUCAUGAUCUCUCUUUCCUGACUUUUCUGCAGUGCAUCAGCUCUCGUAGUUUGUUAGUGGUACAGGCUGCUGGCAUUUGCUUGUGGAACUCGCAAUUGAGUGGAUGCACAUCUCUCUGUAUGCACGUGCUUCUCCUUUGUGACAUACUAUCUUCCUGUACUUCUUUCUAGUACGUAGCUUACUAGCAUUGAUUUGUCAAGUAAAACUCUCUCUGCCAGAGCUUCAUAUGUUCCAGAAAUACUGAUCUGGCUAACGUGCUGCCAGCUACUGUACUCCAAACAAUGCUCAUUCUCCACUAGUUAAAACUCGUGAUUGGACAA